AUGAUGCGCCAGUCGCGUCUCACAGACCACUGGUCCCAACCACACCUACGCGACAAGCGCGACCCAGCGACCGUGCUCCCAGCCGAAGUGCUCUCGUCAUGCUUUUCCUUCCUCUCAAUCGCCGACCUCAUCUCAGCACACAACGUAUCCCGCGGCUGGCGCGCCACCUUCUCCCACAAGGCUCUGCCUAGCGGCAAGUUGUGGAGGGUCGCGUUCUUCCGCGAGGCGGAGUACGAGCGCGCGGAUACCCGGCUCGCGGAGCACCUCGAGCGCAAGCGCGACGACUUCCUCCGGGAGCUUCAGCGGCUGGAGACUACUAAGAAGUCCACACCCACUCGUCGUCGACAGACUAGUUCCGAGCUUGAGGCUAGCAACGAUGACGAGACAGACGACGGCACCGCAUCAUCGACCUCUGAAUGGUCGCCGACGGUGGUUCCCAUCUCGGCGGAUGAAGUCGCGGCCGAGUGGCGCCGACUCUGCAUUCAUUACGUGAAGCGGCAGGGCGACGCCGCCAACGGCCGCAUGAGGGACCUGCGGUUGACCGCGAUCGACUCGUACAACGACAGAGUCAUGCUCCUCCGGCCUGACGCGCCUCUCAACGACGACGACGACAACACCAGCGAACGCAGGUGGCGCCUGGCAUCCUUCAACCGGCGUACCCUGCAUCUCAACAACGCAGACUACUGCGACCUGCACCUCCCCAAGGCGGUGUCGUACGCGCUCGCGAUGGACCGUAACGUCGGCCUCCGGAUCCACCGGUACCGCCGCCAAGUACACAACUACAAGGCCAGACAAUGGGUGGAGAUCUGGCUGCGAUACCACGAGCCCGCCCUCAGGAAGAAGGACAUUGCGAACCCCAAGAUCGGCUCCCUUCCCCCCGGCGCGCUGGCAUACACCAAAGACAACGACUUCAUCCGCGGGUUCUGGUGCAUCGCUGCCAUUGGCCUCGACGGCGUCGCGGGUGAUCCUACCAAGUUCGGUGUCGUCACCCGUCGGUUCACGGACGGAACUGUUGGUAUACUCAUCCGGUGGGACGCACCGGCGGGUUGA